UACCAUUCACGGUCAUCAAAUCAAAAUGCCACCUCCAAAAAAACAAACACACAACCAUGGACUGGGAAAAGCCAUCAUGAACCAUCGAGCCAAAAGUCGAGUGGUCGACCGAGAAAGAGAAUUGCAUACCACAGAAGUUUAUGACAACAAACCCAUCUCAGUGACUCAAGAAAAUGAUCUGGAGAACUUCCUCAACACAGCUGCUCUUGCCGGUACAGAUUUCACUGCCGAACGUCAAAAUAUUACCAUCCUUCCUGGGACCGGUCCUGGUUCAUCUUCUACGGCUGCAGAUCCAUAUUUACUAACACCGGCUGAGCAAGCUAAGUUAGAAGCUGUACAUCGUGAACAUCAAAGUCUUUUACAAGUGCCUCGCCGUCCGAUUUGGUCUAGAGACACUACUCCAGCUCAACUCGAAAGAGCCGAACGUGAUGCAUUCUUAGCUUGGCGUAAAGGAUUGGCGGAAUUAACUGAUCAACAAUCAUUAUUACUUACUCCGUUCGAACGAAACUUGGAAGUUUGGCGUCAACUUUGGCGUGUUCUAGAACGUAGUAAACUGAUUGUUCAAAUUGUUGAUGCGCGUAAUCCACUUCGGUUCAGGUGUCAAGAUCUUGAAAAAUAUGUAGAAGAACUAUCAAAGUUAGAAGAUAACCCCUUCGCUGCUCCUCGAAAGAAUUUGUUGCUCAUCAAUAAAUCGGAUCUUCUCUCGGAAUAUCAACGAGAAGUGUGGGCUGAUUAUCUUGAAGGACAAAAUGUCGAAUAUGCAUUUUUCUCGGCUGCUGAUGCCGCUGCUUUACAAGAAGAAGAAGCAGACGAAACCGCUCAAGCAGAUCAAAGUUCCGACGGAAGUUCUUCUGGAGAACAUGGUGAUCAUGAAGAAAGUGAUGAUGAGGAAGAGAAGGAAGAGGAUAACGAAGCGAUUGUCGGACCUCCGCAACUGAGUUCCACUUCCACGCAAGUCGAUAGUAAUCUUGCUAUUCCUCAAUCAGCGCCCAAUCCUUCAGCUAGCAAGUCAUCUCGCAAAGACCGUACGAAAAUAUUGACAGUCGAAGAACUCGAGGACUUAUUCAUUCUUCACGCUCAAGAUGACCCUACGCCUACCAAGCCUGAUGCCGCCCAUGAUUCUUCUACGCUAUCAGAUCCAACGGAUACUGAAACAGUGAAGAAACUCGUAGUGGGUUUAGUUGGAUAUCCCAACGUUGGUAAAUCAUCCACCAUCAAUGCACUCGUUGGCGCCAAGAAAGUAUCAGUAUCCGCAACACCCGGAAAGACGAAACAUUUCCAGACCAUUCACCUAUCACCGCGUGUCAUCCUCUGUGAUUGCCCUGGUCUAGUCUUCCCGCAGUUUGCCUCCACAAAGGCUGAACUCGUUUGUGAUGGUGUGUUACCAAUCGAUCAGAUGCGCGAACACACUGGGCCUGUCGGGCUUCUCGUUCGACGAAUCCCUCGCGCGAUCCUCGAGGCUACCUAUGGUCUUCAAUUCAACCCAGACGAAGACGUGACUGCUACAGCGCUCCUGUGCGCUUAUGCCGUCGCGCGGGGUUUGUCUACCGGUGGUGGUGGACAAGGUCGCCCUGACGAAUCACGUGCUGCUCGUCCGAUCCUCAAGGACUAUGUCAAUGCCCGACUCUUGUAUUGUGAACCCCCGCCAGUACCUGGAAUCAAGCCAGAUGAGUUCAAUGCCGCUGGCUUACGUUCCAACAUCGUCCCACGCAAGCUGGCACCUAUCAACCGAGUCCCAGUCAAUGCCGAUACCUACAUUCGACCUACUGGCUCGCGACGAGCGGAUGCUUUGGAUCAAAGUUUCUUCCAAUCGGUGGCCCUUCAUGGUGUUGCACCCGUUCCAUCUGCACACUUUCUAGUCAAAGGUCGUGCCGCUCAACUCGAUUGUCCAACUCGUUUGAGACUUGUACCAGGGGAGGUACAGGUACUAGGACCGAAUGGCUUGCCCGUCACAGGUAAGAACAGUAAGAAGCAUUUCAAAGGCAAAUCAAAGCGGACAAAGAUGAGGAGUGGUAAAGGUUAUGAUGAGUUUUGAUUUGUACUGUCGAUAUUCAUCUCGGGUUCAAUGAGUUUGUCGACGCACUUUUCCUUGCUUUACUCCUUUGAAAAUGCCCCGCUCUCUUGUAUCUCAGAUGUACGUCUGUGCACAAUUCAGCAUCAGAUAUAUAUAAUUAGAAACACAAUAUAGUGACUCAAUCAACAUUUUGGUGUAUGGUGUCCCAUAAUCAUGCAAAAUCAUACACUCAAUGUGGUAUAUCAAUC